CUUCCUUUCCUUUGUAGUUGUCAUGGAUGAUGAUGAUGACUCGUGUCUCCUUGAUCUUAUUGGAGACCCACAAGCACUGAACUAUUUCCUCCAUGGACCUGGUAACAAAUCCAGCAGCGAUGACUUGACUCAUUCGGGAUUUUCUGCAGCCAACUCAAAUUCCAUUUUCGCCAACUCUAGUAAUGCUGACCCUAAGUCGUCCCUCAAAGGCGUCAGCAGCCAGCUUGGAGAAGGGCCCAGUGAUGGACUGCCACUUUCCAGCAGCCUCCAGUUUCUGGAAGAUGAGCUGGAGUCUUCUCCGCUUGCUGAUCUCAGUGAGGACCAGCCUUUCGACAUUCUUCAGAAGUCCUUGCAGGAAGCCAACAUCACCGAACAGACGCUGGCGGAAGAGGCCUAUCUGGACGCCAGUAUAGGUUCCAGCCAACAGUUUGCCCAGGCUCCGCUCCAUCCUUCUUCAUCAGCAUCCUUUACUCAGGCUUCUAACGUUUCCAAUUACUCAGGUCAGACGCUGCAGCCCAUCGGGGUGACCCACGUGCCUGUCGGAGCAUCGUUUGCAAGCAAUACAGUGGGUGUGCAACAUGGCUUUAUGCAGCACGUGGGAAUCAGUGUGCCCAGCCAGCAUUUGUCCAAUAACAGUCAGAUUAGCAGUUCUGGUCAGAUACAGUUAAUUGGGUCAUUUGGAAAUCAACCCUCCAUGAUGACUAUUAAUAACUUAGAUGGAUCGCAAAUUAUACUCAAGGGCAGUGGGCAGCAGGCACCGCCGAAUGUGAGUGGAGGGCUGUUGGUCCACAGGCAGACCCCUAACGGCAACUCCCUGUUUGGGAACCCCAGCUCCAGUCCAGCAGCACAGCCCGUAACCGUCCCCUUCAACAGCACCAACUUCCAGACAUCUCUGCCCGUGCACAACAUCAUCAUCCAGAGGGGUCUCGCACCCAAUUCUAAUAAGGUCCCAAUCAAUAUCCAGCCAAAGCCCAUCCAGAUGGGCCAGCAAAACACGUACAGCGUGAACAAUUUGGGGAUCCCGCAGCACCAUGUCCAACAAGGGAUCUCCUUCGCCUCGGCUAGCUCCCCCCAGGGCCACAUGUCGGUGAACAUUGUGAAUCAGCAGAACGCGCGAAAGCCCGUCCCCUCCCAGGCGGUGAGCGGCACGGGGGGCAGUAUUGUGAUCCAUUCUCCCAUGGGCCAGCCUCACGCACCCCAAAGUCAGUUCCUCAUCCCCACAAGCCUUUCCGUCAGUUCCAGCUCGGUCCACCACGUCCAGACCAUAAACGGGCAGCUUCUUCAGACCCAACCCUCUCCGCUCAUUUCUGGCCAAGUGGCCUCAGAGCAUGUCAUGUUGAACAGGAAUUCCUCCAGCAUGCUCAGGACCAACCCACCCUACUCUGGCCAGAUGCUGAACAACCAGAACGCUGCUGUCCAGUUAGUGCCCGGGCAGACGUUUGCCACCUCCGGGAGCCCAGUGAUCGUCAACCACGCUUCUCCUCAGAUUGUGGGCGGACAGAUGCCCUUGCAGCAGGCAUCGCCAACCGUGUUGCACCUGUCGCCGGGGCAGAGCAGCGUCUCCCAGGGGAGACCCGCCUUUACCACCAUGCCCUCAGUGACCAGCAUGGCAGGACCCAGUCGUUUCCCCGUUGUCAGCUCCUCCAGCACUGCCCAUCCCAGUCUUGGCUCCACGGUCCAGGCCGGUGUGUCAGGAUCAAACUUCCCUGGAGAUCAGUUGAGCCAGCCAAAUCGGACUCCAGCGCCGGUCAGUGUGUCGCACCGUCUUCCAGUCUCCGCUUCCAAAUCGACCAGCACCUUCAGCAGCGCAUCCGGGGCAGGGACCCAGCAGCAGUUGUUCUGUCAGGCUCAGAAAAAAGCAUUGACCCAGACAUCCCCCAUCGCAGCAUCCAAGACGGCAGAAGGCCUGAGGCCAGCGCAGAUCCCCGGCCUCCUAAGCACAGCACUGCCAGGGCAGGAUUCUGGAAGCAAAGGGUUGCCGGCAUCCUUAGGCACCACACAGCCGCAGCAGGAAAAAGUAGUCGGAUCGUCUCCUGGCCACCCAACUGUGCAGGUGGACAGUCACACGGGAGGACAGAAAAGACCGGCUGCAAAACAACUAACUAAAGGAGCUUUCAUGCUCCAGCAGUUACAGAGGGACCGAGCCCAGGCCGUGACCCCCGACAAGAGUCGGUUCCGAUCCCUGAACGACGCUGUGCAGAGGCUGCUCUCCUUCCACGUCUGCCAGGGUUCCACGCCCACCGAGGAGGACCUGAGGAAAGUGGACAAUGAAUUUGAAACCGUUGCCACUCAGCUGCUCAAAAGGACCCAAGCAAUGCUCAACAAGUACAGAUGUCUCCUCCUGGAAGAUGCCAUGCGGAUCGACCCGUCUGCUGAGAUGGUGAUGAUUGACAGGAUGUUCAACCAGGAGGAGAGAGCUGCCCUUUCCCGGGACAAGCGGCUGGCCCUCGUAGACCCCGACGGCUUCCAGGCUGACUUCUGCUGUUCCUUCAGACUUGACAACGCCACUCCCGAGAGAGCACCGUUUGGCAGGAGUGACCAGCAGGGCAGUAAAGCGACCAGCUCCUCACACCUGACCACCAAGGCCCAGAGCAGAGACCGAGCCAAACCUGGCCUGGCAGAACCCCCAAAUCAUGACCAAUUUCAUCUAGUGCCUAAUCACAUUGUGGUCUCCGCAGAAGGAAACAUUUCUAAAAAAACAGACUGCCACGGCCGAGCACUGAAAUUUGACAAAGCAAGCUUAGCCCCAUCCCGGGGUGCCUCCGAAGAGAAAGCUGGCCGCAGGGACCUCCCAAAGGUCGGGGAGGGCUCCCCAGGCCCCGAUGGGCCCCGGAAAGCCCCGUCCAGACCUGACAGCAAGCUCCCCAGGAGCUCUGCGGAGUGUCACUUGGAGAGGGCAUGUCACAAUUCCUUCCAAGACAAAACUUUGAGGGAUUCUCCAAAGAAUGAAGUUUUACACCCGGACAUCAUGAAAGGGUCAGGCGAGCCCCAGCCAGACCUCCAGCUCAGUAAGAGUCUGGAAACAACAUUUAAGAACAUCUUGGAGCUCAAGAAGGCCGGGAGGCCGCCUCAGAGCGACCCUGCCAUGGGCGGCUCCGUGGAGUUAGGGUUCCCCAGCUUUUCGCCAAUGGCUUUGCAGGAAAGCUGCCUGGAAAAGUUCAUCCCGGACCACAGCGAAGGCGUUGUAGAGACGGACUCCAUUUUAGAAGCGGCUGUAAAUAGUAUCCUAGAGUGUUAAUAGCAGCAAACCUCCCCUCCCCACCGCCCCCUCCACCCG